GAAAAAUCCGGAGGUAAACAGUAUUUUGUUUUCCCCAUGAAUUAGCCUGCAGAGGGUCGACAAGUGAAAUGUACGUUGUGCAUUUGAAGGCAGCAUGCUGAUCUGAGCCCCCUGGGUGCCCACUGAAUACAGUGACGUAGAGAAAGGGCGGGGCCUGCUCACAGGUGAACGCCACACAGGUGCAAGGUGGGGGAAAUGUGCGUCCUGAAAAACAAGUUAAGGUGUUGGGCGCCGUUACUCGGGCUCUCAGCUCUCCUCCGGCAUGGCCCACAGCUGCGUGGGAAACUGCGCGCCGAUGUUCUUCCUCGCCCUUGUUUUUGAUGCAAUUGGUCUGAUUGUACUUCUGGUGGGGAUUUUCGGCAACCUGAACGUGGGCGGUCACUUCUAUGGGGAUUUUCUUAUCUACACGGGCUCGCUCGUGAUUUUCCUCAGUUUGUUUUGGUGGGUUCUGUGGUACACGGGGAACGUCCAGCUUUACGCGGAGGACAGGACGAGCUCUCUGGACUUGGACAUCAACUUUACGCACUGGGCCAGGAAGCUGUCCGAGAGGCUCUCUAAAGGCGGUAAGAAGCCUCUGGAAGCUGGGGAGGAGAAGAAGAAGAGCAUAGGGAACGGGAAGGAGAUGAACGGUACACUGCCUUGUGUUACUUGGGAAGACGGCAGCGGCAAUGGAGCCGUGUUGGGUCACGACAACAGAGGGUUUGAUGGAUGGACCGAGGGCGCAUCGCCAGCUGACAAAAACGUGGAGUUGGGGGUGUUGAAGUGCUCAGACGUGGCUCUGCAGGCGGCGGAUGGCAAAGCAGAGAGGCUCCUCUGACACGAGA